AUGGUACUCAGCAGUCACACUCCCUGUACCUUUCCUAUUGCUGAAAUUGCUGUACCUGCUCAAAAACUUUAUGAAUCUAGACAACUUAUCAGUGAAGAAAACAGUUAUUUGGAAAAGGUUGUGGAGAGCUGUAGUUUGCUGAGCAGAGCCGAGCUGGACCCAAUCAAACGUCGAAAAAUGGGAAACGCGCAUGCGAUCCGCGGCUACCAACGGCUGCAGAAUGAGAACCCAGCCGCGCCAGAUGCACCAGCUGCGCCAGAUGCACCAGCUGCGCCAGAUGCACCAGAUGCACCAGAUGCACCAGAUGCACCAGAUGCACCAGCCGCACCAGAUGCACCAGCCGCACCAGCCGCACCAGCCGCACCAGCAGCGCCUCCCGACCAGCUCUUGCCCCCUCUGCCACCUUCACCCCCCUCGCCUCCCUCACCACUGCAGGAUACGCAGGAGGUGCAAGACCUGCGCGCGGCCCUGCGGUUGAUGACGGAGAAGGUGCAGCGCGUGGAGAGGGCGCUGGAGCAGGGGGAACGGCGCGUGCCCGCGACGCCGGACGAGGCGUUGCGCGUCCUCCUGGACGACGGGCAGGACAGUUGGCUGGAGGACGUGUUGAGCGCGAUGGAGCGGCGCCUGGAGCGGCGGCUCGAGCGCCAGUUGGGAGAGAACGUGGAGCGGAGGCUCGAGCGGCGGUUAGAGCGCGCCUUUCGGGACUACGAGCAGCAGCUGCACGAGCAGCUGCAGCAACGCAUGGACGGUCUGCGCCGCAGCGAGGAGAAAGCCAGGAAGCGGGACUCGAUGUCGUCUCGCCUCGCCAACGGCACAGCUUCGUCACAGGCUGCCCACGCUUCCGCAUUGGCUCCCGAUCCAGCUACCGCCGUCGUUUCCGCUUCCGCUUCUGCUUCUCAUUUUGUUUCCACUUCCACUCCCUUAAUUGUUUCCACUUCCACUCCCGUAAUUGUUUCCACUUCCACUCCCGUAAUUGUUUCCACUUCCACUCCCUUAAUUGUUUCCACUUCCACUCCCUUAAUUGUUUCCACUUCCACU